UGAAUGAUUAAACAUUGAGGCAAAAAUACAAAGACAUUGCAUACAUCAUAUUAUUUUUUAAAAAAUUGUUAGAAAAACAUUACAACGGUAUACCAAUAAUCAUUUUCGUUCAUGAGUCAGAGUUUUGUUAAACAUACCCGAUCACAUUAAUUAACAAUGGCUACGGCGAUUUCAAAUCAGAAAAGUGGUCAACAACAAUUCAAAAUUGUUUUACUUGGUGAAGGCUGUGUGGGAAAAACAUCAUUAGUGUUAAGAUAUGUUGAGAAUAAAUUCAGUGAAACAAAUCAAUCUACAUUACAGGCAUCAUUUUUAACCAAAAAUAUAUUCGUUCAAAAUAUACCCAUCACAUUGAAUAUUUGGGAUACGGCAGGCCAGGAACGUUUUCAUGCCGUUGGUCCUUUAUAUUAUCGUGAUUCAAAUGGAGCUUUACUUGUUUACGAUGUAACCGAUCCAGAUUCAUUGACUAAGGUUAAAGUUUGGAUCAAAGAAUUACGUAAAGUUCUUGGUAAUGAUGUCUGUAUAGCGAUUAUUGGUAAUAAAAUCGAUUUACUUUCGGGUAUUGAACGUGAUCAAAUGAAUAAUGCAUUGAUAAGUGAAGCACAAAGUUAUGCAACAACAGCCGGUGCUACACAUUAUUGUACAUCAGCUAAAACUAAUUAUGGAAUCGACGAUGUAUUCCUUAAUCUAACUAAACAAAUGAUAUCAUUCAGUCAAACACAACAACUAAAUCCUAGGGCAUUAAAUUCGACAGUCACAAGAGGGAUUUCAAUCGCAGCUGAUAAUGAACUCAAUGAUCCGAAUGAUCUACAAUCGAAACGUAAAUGUUGUUGAAAUUUAAUCAAAGAAUUAUUAGCCCUAUUAUUUUUUCAACACUAAGUCAUCAUCAUUAUUUAUCCAUUAUUGAUUCUUAUAUUUUCAAUUUUUUUCUUU